AAGUUGAACGUCUCCUUUGAGUGAUACAAAACAAACAAAACAGUCUCCAACCAUUCUGUAUAGCUUUAGAGCAAAGUGGCCAUGAAUUUCUGGCAAAAGCAAUAAAAGAAACAGAAGUUGACCAAAGCCUGAUAGAGAAAGAGCAAGGAGAAAUUGAAAACAAGAUUGAAAGUAUUCUGACAAAAGCAUACCUAGACACAGAUGAUAUGUCAGCUCCUAUUUCAAUGCAAGAAAUUCAACGAGAAGUAGAGUUUGGGUUUUUAGCAUCAGGGAAAGAUUGGCAAGGCAACUGGACUACAAUUGAAAUGGUUCUUUCCAAAGUUUUUCCGAAAGCAAAGAAAAAGAAGAAGAAAGGGAACAGAAGUACUACCAAGCCAGCCUUUCAGUAUUUGAAGAGAAGAGAUGGUGAAAAAGGUUCCUUUGAAGGUGAAGAUUGUAAAGAUUUGGCACAUCUGACCCCAAACAAUAACAAGAAACAGCAACCAUUACACCAGAGAACUUCUCAAGAUCUUUGUAAAGUUUUAAAACCAUACUUUAAAGAACAUCAACUAGAUCUCACAUUACUGGACAUACUUAUUGAAGAAGAAGUAAAUGGAGAAAUUUUCAUGAAUCUGAAAAUGAACGAAACAGUAGAACUGUUUCCAAGUUUAACAUUUGGCAAAAGGAAAAAGAUAAUUUUGAUUCGAGAUGAUCUGAAAUACAAGGAAGAAAAAGGUGAACUGAUUUAUGAAGAAAAUGUUGAAGGUAUUGACUCAGAGCCUGGUGAAGAAAAAUCAAAUCAAGGACAACUGAAAGCAGAAAAAUAUAGGGAAACGUUCAGAAAAUUUGGAUGCAAACCAAAGGAAUCCAACAGCUACUUGUGGAAUUCUGCAUUGAUUCCAGACGAUGUUCCACUCCAGAGUCUCCUUAUUCCCCUGCAUUACUUUAUUAAUGAGAAAAUAGACGAACAACAAAUACCUGAUUGGAUUGCAACAAAUGCCAUGCCCUUCAUUGCUGCAUGUCUAAAUGAGCGCAGAAAUGGAACAAUUCAUUUUGGGGUUGCUCCUUUUGAAACUAAAGAGGACUACAAGGGAUCUGUUGUUGGCUUUCCCGUUGAUAAAAAACGUAUAAUAAGAAGAUUUUACCAUAUACUGAGAUUAUUUUUUUACGAAGAUGAUUUCGAAACUGUCUGCAAAUGUAUACGUCAGCCACAAUUCAUUCCGGUAACUUUUGCAAAAGAUAUGCAGGAAUUUUCCAAAGACAAUUUGUUUGUUGUUGAGAUAGAUGUCGUUCCAUGUACAAUUUUUACUGAAGAGAAUGUGUUUUUCUUGCGACAAAACGAAGGCGAUGAUGCAAAGAAAAAGGCCGCAUUUUUUAGAUUUAAGAAAGGAUCAAAUGAACCUAUUAUGGGAACAGCUGAAGAUAUCCGGAACUACAUGGCCAUUAAAUCAAAGAUAAGUACGGAAAGGAAAACUCAUGAAGAGAAACCAGUUGAUAUUGAAUUCAAAGAAAAUCUACGCCAGAAGUUCCUUGACUUGUAUUCUGCAGGCUUCGAAACUGUAAAGGAAGAAAUACAUCCAGUUCUUUUGUUGAGUCCUUUGGACAGCAAUUUGAGUGAUGAAUUUGUACCGGAAAAUUUCGAAUUUUUGAAUGACCUUGAUCCAAGUGUUGUGUUUGAUUUUGAUUUUUGCGACGAAAACAGCAAGGGAAUGUAUCAGUUUGUUGAAAAUGAUCAAGAACAAUGCCUAAAGGUAUUAACAACAGAUGCUUUUGACAAAAACUCUCAAGAAUUCAAGAAAGAGAGUUUCAGUAAUAUGUUGGAUGAUUUGAGGACAUCUUCAAUUAAGCCAUGGAUAUUUUGUAAUGGAUACAGUCCGUUACUAAAGGAACCAUUAAAAAGGCUUGCUUGGAAACAAGAGAGGAUAGAAGGCUACAAAGAAGCAGUGAGGUUCUUCAGUGAUGAAAUACCUCCAGGGAGAGCUAUUGUUAUAUUUUUACUGUUUUCGAAAAAUUAUGACAUUCUUUUAGAUGCAGCAGAGGAAAUAAUUUCAAAGUUCAAGGGGCAUUGGCUACUUUUGGCGGAAAGUGAAGAAAUUGCAAGUCACUGGAAAAAGGAACUUCUUCAUCGUCAAUGUGUGGACAAAAAAGCACUGGAAUAUCGAUGCAUUAUAGGCAUUCCCUGGAAACAUGUUAAUUUGAUGAUAAAAACGGUCACAGGAGCGAAAAAACAAUCCAAAUGUUUAAUCCCAACAGCAAAAGGGCCUUUGUGUAACUUGAGGGAAAAGUUUAAGAGUGAACUUUUUGAUUUAUCAAUCUUGAGUGCGAAUGAAUGUGAAAAUGACACUGAAAUAAUGAAUGACAGGGAAAAAAGAAAAGAACAAAGAAAGAUUGUAGAAGAAGACUUCUUUAAAGGGGCGCCAGUAACAUGGUGGAAUCUUUCGUUUGGGGAAGACCAUGUCGUAAAAAGAUCUAUUCACCCGAACUUACUAGAAAAGGUAAAACUUGCAUGCUCAAAAUCGGAAAAUGAAGACGAAAACAAAGUUAGCAUAGUAAAAUUGUUUCAUCAACCGGGUGCAGGAGGAACAACUUCAGCAAUGCAGGUCCUAUGGGAUUUGAAAGACGAGUAUAGAUGUGCUGUUGUGAAGAAAAUUUCAGAGCUCACAUGUGAACAGAUAGAGAAGCUUAGAAAUUACGAAGAAUCAGAAACACCCAAACCACCUAUUAUUCUAAUCGAUAAUAGCGAUGAAGAAAAAGUCAUUACACUCUGUGCUCAACUUGAAAACAGAGCUAGAAUUGCAUCAAGAAGAAAUGAAGAUAGAUGUCAAGUGUUUUGUAUGCUACUCCUGUGCAUUAGAAAACCAAACUUACCAUCAUUUGUAAACAAAGGAUCAGUUCAACUUCGACAUGAACUUGAGAAAAAUGAACUUGACUGGUUCCAAGAGAAGGGAGACAAACUCCAGAAACAAUUUUUGCAUGAAAAUGGCGUAGAUCCUCAACUGCUAUUGUCUUUCAAUCUUCUUAAAGAAAACUUUAACCCCCAUUACAGAGAACAAAUAAUUAAACAAUUUGUUGACAAUAUUGACAAUGAAGAGGAGAAAUGUCUGCUUAGAUAUCUUUCGCUAAUGAACAGUUUUGACAUUGACUUCCAGCCUGUCCCAGUCAGUGCUUUUGAUUUACUCAUGUCUGACACAGGACUUGCAUCGCAACAAUCUGCUACAGUAUCGAGUUAUGGCAUUGUCUCUCAAAUGAGAAGAAAAGGCUGGGAGGUUCAUCUCACACAGUCACUUUUAGUACUUAUCAACCGAAGUGCUAAUGUGAAAUACAGUGGCCAACUGAAGGGUCUUUAUAUUAUAAAUCAACUUUUUGCUAAAGAAAUUUUUACAUAUAUUCAAGAUAAAUUGAAAUGGAAAACUAGCAAAAUGAUGCUUGAUUUUCUAAAAUCACCAAUGUUUCAAUGCUACAACAAAUCUCUGGAAGUUUUACAUAAAGUUGUACGAGACAUUCUCAAGAAAAGACAAUCACUAGAUGAUCAAAAGAGGGAAAAAUUUUCUCCACUAAUAAUGGAUAUUCUUGCCCAUGAAGACGCAGACAGGGCUGGUCAGGUUUUGGAGUAUGGUUUUGAGUUAUUGAAAGAUCCAAUGGUUGCACAACAGGUUGCGCGUCUUUACUAUACCUACAAAAACUGGGAAAAGGCAGAACAUUUUGCUAAAAUUGCUACUGGAUUAAAACCCGACAAUUCUUUUCUUUGGGACACCUACGGUCAAAUCUUCAAAACCAGAUUAAAGGAAAUGUAUAUGGAGUGUUCCCAGAAUGGUACAAUACUUAGUGCUGAAGAGGUGCUGCGAGCUGUUAGUUUAGUUUAUGGAGCAAUAGAAAAGUUUAAAAUGGAACAAAUAACAUGUGAAAAAGAAUACUACUCAAAAAAUAAUGACAAUGGCUACUUUGCAGAAGUUGUAACAACUAUCACAUUUCUUGAUUUGCUACAUUUUUACCCGGAUACAAAUAACAUGGAGAUACUGCGAAGAUUUUUAGUUGAACCACAUUUUGUUCCUAAAUCAUUCCAAAGCUCCUUUCCGUGGGUUGUUACUUUCAUCAAAAGCUUUUAUGCCAGAACAAGUUUUGUCAUGAGAUGCAUAGACGAAAAGAUUUCGCAGCUAAAAUCCUGGCAAUACAAUGGCUUACUAUCAAGCAUGCCUGAUCAAAGAAAAAUGUUAUUUGAUCUAAAGGAAAAUCUUGACAAAUAUUUUGGUGAAGAGUCAAAUGACAUACCAGCUCUUGACUCUGAAGAACAAACUAUAGAAUUUGUAAGACGAAGAAUUCGAAAAUUAAGCGGCAGCUCAUUAAAAGAUAUGAUUGAUCUUCGAACUGAUGAUGAUGGAAGACAAACAUUGCAAACAAUAGAAAGUUUGAUUCUUGAAAAAGUUAUGCCUCAUUGUAUUUCUUUACAUGAUUUGAUAACUUUAAUUGGAGCUUGUUUUAUCAAAAACCUGAAUAGACAAGGCCAAGAAAAAGAAUUCAGAAAUAUCCUCAGGUGGACCAGUCAAGCAUAUGAUAUGGCAAAUUCACAAAAGGAAAAUCAUAUAUAUUUAGAGGCAUAUUUAUUUUUAGUUCUCUUUCAUUGGCAAACGGAAAACAGAACUGUUUAUGCAAAUGAAAUGUGUCCUUUGCAGCAAGUUCAAGAUGCAAUAAAAAAGUGGAAACUUGCAUUUAACAAAAAGUAUACACGCCAAAAAGAUGAUAUAAAUCCUUAUCAGAGACGGGAAACAACAUUCUUUUAUUUAGGCAAAGGUCUGAAAUUUGCAGAAAUCGUGUAUUAUGAGGACCUUUUCAUUGAUGAAUAUGGAUCUCGAUAUUUGCGCAGUGGAGAUUCUAUAUGGCAAAAACCAGCUGUCAGAAGUAGACUUCAAAGAAUACAGGGAACCCUGAAAACAAACGGAAUAGAAGUAUUAGUGCCGUUAAAAAGUUCGUUAGGUAAUGUUAACCAUGUAACAAUACCUACGUCUCUUCCUAUCAGUAAUAGAGCAUUGUGGAACAAAAAAGUUUUCUUUUUUCUGGGCUUCACUUGGUCAGGACCAAAAGCUUUCGAUGUCUCACAGGAUAACAUUGAUGCAACCUCUAGAGAGACGUUCGGGACAACAAAAUCAUCUGGUUUAUUCUUCAGAGGUGCACAACAUCGACAGGUUUCCAGUGACGUCAUAACAAAUGAGGAAUAUCUAAAGAAACUUACAAAACUAAAUGAAAGAUUAAAGAAAAUUCAAGAACUCAAGAAACUUAAAGUUACGUCCAGAGAGAGAGAGGAGAUACAGAUGGAAGAGGAAUUGAGGAAAGAGAGAGAUGAACUCAUCAGAAGACGAGAUGAUUUUCUGUCUGGAACAGCAGCUGAGUCUUGAAAUAUAUUUGAAGUGACAUCAGUGAUAUCCGUUUACUUUUGGAAUGCCCUGCAGAAAUAUUUGUUCACCACCACGUUUGCGACGAAACAUCACACUUCUCUAAACUAUACUCUAUAUUUUGUCUUAUAAAGUUACAGACAGACAAACGUUCUUUAUUUCCCCUGCAGCAGAGAACUAUGCAACAAAUUGUAUUAUUUGUAAUGAAGUUAAACUUGAGACCAAAAUUGUGCAAAUAAUAAGAUAAGUAAACGAGUGUCUCUUAAUAGUUAAAAAAAAUAACCAUGUACAUAACAUUAUAUCAACUUAUGAGGCUAAAAUUCUAUGUUCUGUGUUGAAGAUAAAAAUUAUUUUCUCAUUUAAGCUGCUAACUUUGUAUUUCAUUUAUAAUUAUUUUAUUGUUGUGAUAUGUAAGAUAUGGUUUAUGAAAAUUCCUCCCCGAC